AUGGGUGAAAUGAACCGUUCAUUUGUGCUGCGUGCCGUCAAGGACGUAGCUAUCGAGGAUCGCGCUGCUCCCAGGCUCAAGGAUCCUUGGGAUGUGAUUGUUCAAGUAGCGCAGACUGGUAUCUGUGGCAGCGAUGUCCACUAUUGGCAAAAGGGCCGCAUAGGAGAUUUCAUCCUAAACUCCCCCAUCGUCCUCGGCCACGAAAGCUCCGGCACCGUCACCGAAGUAGGCUCGGCCGUGAAAAACCUCAAACCAGGCGACCGAGUCGCCAUCGAACCAGGUAUCCCAUGCAGACACGGCUCCUACAAUCUCUGCCCGGACACCGUCUUCGCAGCGACGCCCCCUCACGAUGGCACGCUCUCCAAAUUCUACCUCACCCAGGCAGACUAUUGCUACCCACUCCCAGCGCAUAUGAACCUUGAAGAAGGCGCGCUCGUGGAACCCGUCGCCGUCGCGGUCCAAAUCACCAAAGUAGGCGAAGUAAAGCCCAACCAGACCAUUGUCGUGUUUGGCUGCGGACCUAUCGGAUUACUCUGUCAAGCUGUUAGCAAAGCGUACGCAGCGAAGAAGGUGAUUGGAGUGGAUAUUAGUCGAUCACGAGCAGAGUUUGCCCGGACUUUUGGCGCGGAUGAUGUCUUCGUGCCCCCUGCCAAGCCUGAAGGUGUGGAUGAUAGUGUCUGGAGUGAAGAGGUGGCUAAGAUCAUGAAGGAAACGUUUGAUCUGGGCGAGGGUCCGGAUGUGGUUCUUGAAGCUACGGGGGCUCAGGCUUGUAUACAGACUGGUAUACAUUUGGUGCGGAAGGGUGGAACUUAUGUACAGGCCGGCAUGGGUCGUGAAAAUGUUGAUUUUCCAAUUACGACUGUUUGUAUCAGGGAUAUCCAUGUCAGGGGGUCCAUCCGAUACACGGCAGGCUGUUACCCGACUGCGGUUGAUUUGAUUGCGAGUGGCAAGAUCGAUGUCAAGCGGUUGAUCACCAAUCGGUUCAAGUUUGAGGAAGCUGAAGAGGCCUUUGAGUUGGUUCGGCAAGGGAAGGAGAGUGUUAUUAAGGUUAUCAUUGAAGGUGUUUUAUCAUGA